GUUCCUGCUCCUGUUCCUGCCCGGCCGCGGCCAUGCUGCGGCUCCUCCUGUUGCUGCCGCUCCUCGGCGUGGCCAGCGCCCUGCCCUCCCCUCUCCGCUUUCGCCGGAGCGCCCCACCGCCAGUUGGCCCCUACCUGACGCGCUACCUGACCCAGCAGAUUGAUCACUUUGGAUUUGAUGAAGAUCGUACAUUCAAGCAGCGGUAUCUGGUUGCAGAUCAGUACUGGAAGAAGGACAAUGGACCAAUACUAUUUUACACAGGCAAUGAAGGAGACAUCACGUGGUUCUGCAACAAUACGGGUUUUAUGUGGGAUGUGGCUGAAGAACUUGAGGCUAUGUUGGUAUUUGCUGAACAUAGAUAUUAUGGAGAAUCUUUGCCCUUUGGGAAUGAGUCUUUCAGUGAUUCCAAGCAUCUAAAUUACCUGACAUCAGAACAAGCUCUGGCAGACUUUGCYGUACUUGUUGAGUACUUAAAGUCGAGCAUUGCAGGAGCCAGGCACAGUCCAGUCAUAGCUAUAGGAGGAUCUUAUGGAGGAAUGCUUGCAGCCUGGUUUAGGAUGAAGUAUCCCCAUGUGGUGGUUGGAGCUCUGGCAGCCUCCGCCCCAAUCUGGCAGUUUAAUGACUUGGUUCCAUGUGGCACAUUUUUCAGCAUUGUGACCAAUGAUUUCAAAAAGAGUGGCACAGGCUGCUCAGAAAGCAUCCGGAAUUCCUGGAAUGCUAUUAACCACCUUUCUUCAACAGAUGCAGGUUUGCAGUGGCUUUCCAACACAUUUCAUCUGUGCAGCCCUUURAAAAAUCUUCAGGAUGCUGCUGUAUUGAAAAAUUGGCUGAGUGAAACAUGGGUAAACUUGGCUAUGGUAGAUUAUCCUUAUAAAGCUGACUUCUUGCAGCCUCUGCCAGCUUGGCCUAUACAGGAAGUCUGCAAGUUCUUGAAGGAUCCCAGUCUCUCUGACAAAGCGUUGCUGCAGAAUGUUUUCCGGGCAGUGAAUUUAUAUUACAAUUAUACAGGAGAAGCCUCAUGCUUAGACGUGUCACAGACUGCAACAAAGAGCCUGGGUGAAAUGGGUUGGUACUACCAGACUUGCACUGAGAUGGUGAUGCCCCUGUGCACAGAUGGUGUACAUGACAUGUUUGAGCCUCAGAAAUGGGACUUUGAUGCACUUUCAGAAGAGUGUCAMAGGAUGUGGGGAGUGAGGCCUCGCMUCUCUUGGAUUCUUUCUAUGUAUGGAGGAAAAAACAUCAAUUCACACAGCAACAUCAUCUUUAGCAACGGUGGCCUGGAUCCAUGGUCUGCAGGUGGGGUGACCCAGAACAUCACCAAUUCCCUSGUGGCAGUUGUGAUCCCAGAUGGAGCCCAUCACCUGGACCUACGCAGCCGKAACCCUUUGGACCCCAAGUCUGUACAGCAGGCUCGAGCCAUGGAGAUCUGCCUCAUGAAACAAUGGAUUGAAACAGCCAGGCACAGCCACUGAAGUGGUACUGCAACAACUGUGACCAUUACACUUCUCUUGGCUUUGCUGGGAGCAGGGCCAGGCCUUUUGAUACGGUCAUUGGAGCAUUUCCCUCCUGCUUCCUCACCUGCAUUGCAGUGGUUGCCAUGGCUUGUGUCUGCUAGAGAAGCAGGCAGCAGAUAGAUGGAGAGCAUUCUCUGAUCAUAAACUCCAGUCAAARUGCAUGGAUUGAGCUGCCUGCUCUGGUUUGCUUUCCUCUUCUGCUCUUCUCAAAUGCUGUACUUAACCACAUAGUAAUGGGUUCCUGUUCUAGGAUUGUUACCCUUCUCCUUGCUGCGCUGAGUGAUUAUUCCAACUGCUGGUAUAUCCAGCAGUGAGUUACAUGGCAGGGCUGUUGAUUGUGAAAAUCCUGCUGCCUUCAGAGUGAUUGAACUUUCAACAUCCUCUGCUGGUGGAGAUACGAGGGAACAAAAAUCACAUCUUACUGUGAUAUUUGGUGGAGAAGUAGGGAAGGCCUGGGAAAGCUGGCUGUGCUGUUUGUAAGGCAACUAAACAGCCCUUACCYUUUGGAAUCAGUGCUGGAAAAGAAAUGAAAUACUACUUUUUUCUACCUAGUUUCCCUAUAGCUUAAUAAUGAGUGGAUUUUUGUAUUCCAUGCUGUACUGAAUGGUCAGGGCUGGGCCCAGACUCUGCUGAUAACUGGCUGAUCAUGCACAGUCUGCAUCAGGAUUUUAUUUCUUCUUUUGCUAUAUGUCCUAAUCUGAGAUAUCUAUCACUAUCUGUGUUGAUGGUUGCUAAAGAAAACUGGGCUUAUUUURUGUGYGUAYAUGUGUGUAUCCCACACAAACAAUUAGCUUUUUAAAAUCAGGAAGCUUUUGUAGCUAUUCUCUUGAAGACCAAAUGUGACACUUGUGCUGGCUAGAUCUURUGAAGUGACAAAUAAUUGGGGCUGUGCCUUGUGUGAGUUCUUCCCUCCCUCCCAUUCUGUGUAUUGUUCAAAUUCUGCAUGAUCUGUUUGCUGAUGGCUCUUCAAUAAAAGCCUUUUUWAAAAAAAAAAAUUGUUUGCUGGACAAACUAUUGAAAACACAGAAUGCAGCUAUCCCYUUGGAUCAGCCUAAAGCCUGAUGCUGAGCUCACCAAGCCAGGUGCACUGGGCUUUCUGUAAGGCUUCCAAACCAGACAAACUGCCCUGAUUCAUGAGACAGCAUAUUUGACAUUAAUAAAUGGCUGGGGCAGUCCCCUCGUUUUCCAACUUUGGCUUCAUUCACACUGCAGCCCUUCUUCAGAAAGGAUUCUUUGCAGUGUAAAGGACAACUCCAUUUUAGAAUGAUUCAGGCAAGUCUUCAUGUCCCCAGACUUGUAAAAUUCCAUCUCUGUUGAAAAGUUUUCUCAGCUUUGAUGRUAUGCCUGAUGGUUGAGUAUUUUCCUAAGAACCCACAUGGCCUUUUCUGUUUCCAGUCUCCUCCCAUCCUCUGGGAACAAAGCAAACCCAACACUGAAUUUCUGUCUUUUCAAGAUACACUCCUGUGUAUCUUCUUUCCAAUAGRUAGGCUUUUUCCUCAUCUAGUGUUAAACAUGGCAUUCAUGUUCAGAUUCUGCAGUCUGAACCUCUCAUGCUUUUGRGCAAGGUUAAUUUCUUAAACUGCAGAGAACAAGGCCAGACAAGAUCUACAGAGCUAAAGGAAGAGCUAUGUAGGAUUUGCUUGAAACCUGUCGACUGAAAACUCUCUUUUCCAAUAGUUCCAGUUUUUGCAGUAAAUAUACUCCAGACUCUCACUCAUGAGCUUUAUAAUAACAUGUACUUGAUUUUUUUUAAACAAAUAAUAUUUAUUGUUCUUUAAUCAAUUAUGUUACAGCAAAGUUUUUAGAAAUACUGUUGCMUCUUCUUACAUGCUAAUUGAUGUGUGAUAAUGUCCUGGUUUAUUGCAGGGCAAGGAAUGAAACCCUGUAAGAGUUAAUAUAAAUUUGGGGACCAGAAUUGGUUUGAGUAAUCAAGAUCUUGGUCUAAUUGCUCCUAUUGCCCGCUGAUGGCUCAGGGUGCUACUCCAAGUGCAAAUUUUAGGAUAAACAUUUCCAUAUUUUAUGGACAAGGACAUGGGGAUAUUCAUGCACUGGGCUGUGAACAGCCCAAAUUAACAGCCUCUGUAUAUUAUUAGUCAGCUUGUGUCUCCUCUCUCUCCCYUGCUAGUGAACUUACUGUCUCAGGAAACAGCUGCUGCUUUGUUGUAUGAAAAACACUUUUUAGUUUCAAGCAGCAUAAGUAAUUUAAAAUUUCAUUCCUCUUUCUCUUUUCACUCCUUCAUAAGCAGAAAACGUUGCCCUCAAUAACACUUAAAACAACAUGCAGUUUUUCAACUUUUAAGUUUUGUAAAAUGACACUUAAAAUUUUUUUCAGAGGGGUUUUGUUUGUGGUUUUCCUUUAUUUUGGGGCUCUUGUUUAAUAAUCUUACUAUUCUGUUCAGUUUCUGUCUGUGAGACACAUUCAAGUGCACUUUGGAUCAGGUGCUUACUGUUUGGGCCAGUUUAUGAAUUACGUGACUUGUUUUUAUGUUUUUUUUAAUUGAUCUUUUUACUUUUUUCCCAUCAAGCUGAGUAGUCAAAAYUUUGGGUCUUAUUUAUCUCAAAUAUUCAGACUUCAUCUUAAAAUCCACACAGAUGUACAUAUGUCUGAUUGCUACCAAGGGACUAUCUUGUGGUUUGGCUAACUCAUCUAAAUGUUGGCUCUCCUGUGUGUUUCCUACAGGUGAGAACAAGCUGAGCCAUAACAAAUGGUAGAUUUAUCUUUCCAGGCAUAUAAUGAUGGGCCAUACUUAAUCUCAGGCUUAUGUAAGUCUUUGRCAUGCUUCAGAAAUUACUGGAAUUUAAAACUGUAUGUUUCCUACUACUGGGAAAAAUGCAGACAGAAAAAGAAUUAGCAUUUUCUACAAAGCAUGAAUCUUAGUGGUGAACCUGCAGUUUUGCAUCAAUAAAAAUGCAUUCAAACAUUGAAAUUUUGAGUUUCUGGAACUCAAUUUUGUUUUGCAGGGCAUGAAUUUUUAUCCUUUGGGAGAUUCCAAGUUCUGCAAGUGACAUUGUCUUAUUUGCAUUUGACUCUUGAGGAAGGGGAGGAAAACUGGUUAUGGAAGUCCUCAGACACUGCAGUCAGGGUGACARAUGGUGAGUCUCUGCACUCCUUUAGUAGUUUCUCACUUCAGAGGUUUAGCUGUGGUGAGGAGCAGGGGUAUGAGCUGGUUGUUCUCUGUAGGUGACCACAUAAAAUACAAUCAAGCUAUUUCUAAUGGGAAAAGUCCAUUUUUCUUUUGAAAGCUUUCCCAGGCAAACAUGCACUUCCCACAUGUCAACAAUGAGGAAGGUUGUGAGGACAGAUCUGUAAUGUCCCGUGACCUGACAAGGGCAGAUUUUAACUAAGUAUUUAAUAGGGCAGAGCUAAAAGUCUUGGGAAGGAACUAAAUAGGUUCUGCAACUCAUUUUGUUUGCAGGAUAAUUUUAAAUUUUGAGGAUGAUAAUUUGAAGAUGAUCAAAUAUUUCAUAAUCAAAGGAGUGUAUAAAAAUGAAAAUCUCUCCUGGAGCAUGGAUUCUGAAUCACAGGAAAAGUGAGAAGUUCUGUCUCCCAUGCUGUCUGACCACCAAGGAUAUUGCAGAAAAAUGUCAUUUUGCUUUAAAUAAAGGGAUUUCU